AUGAAUUCAAUACGUUCACCCUUUCCAGUCUUCCACAGCACACUGCUGGCAUUGUCGAGAAAUGCUUGCAGACGUGCCGUCCGAAGACAAUGCCGUCAAAACGUCCUUCAAGUCCGAUCGUUUACAGCGAACCCACGACUCGCCGCUGGCUCGACCCUGACCGUCAACCAGCAAAGACUGUGGGACACUCUGCACCACACAGCACAAUGGGGCGCAACCCCCGAAGGAGGUGUGCGCCGCCUGACUCUCACACAAGAAGACAAGGCCGUGCGCGACUGGUUCGUUGACACGGUGCAGCAGUACGGGGCGAAGGUCAAGAUCGAUGAGAUGGGCAACCUCUUCGCCGUCCGACCGGGCCAAAAUAAUAGCCUUGCUCCCAUCGGCAUCGGAUCCCAUCUGGACACGCAGCCCGCGGGAGGGAGGUACGACGGCAUUCUCGGGGUUCAAGCAGGAAUCGAAAUCCUGAAGGUGCUGCAAGAGAAUGAGUAUACCACGUACGCCCCCAUCGCUGUGAUCAAUUGGACGAACGAAGAAGGCGCCCGAUUCAACACCGGUAUGCUAUCCAGCGCCGUCUGGGCGGGCAAGGUGUCACUGGAAGACGCGUACAACCACACAGACUCGGACGGCUUGCGGUUAGAAGACGAGCUCAAGAACAUCGGAUACCUUGGGCCCAUCAAGGCCAGUCACACCGUCAAUCCGCUGUCGGCCCAUUUCGAAUACCAUAUCGAGCAAGGCCCUGUGCUGGAAGACGAGGGCAAAUCCGUCGGUGUCGUGACUGGAGUCCAAGGAAUGACUUGGCUCAUGGUGACCGUGAACGGCCGAUGUCAGCACUGUGGCACCACGCCGAUUGAUCGACGAGCCGACGCCCUCCUGGCGGCAGCGCAGAUGAUUUCACGCAUCAAUACCAUCGCCUGGGAAAAUAAGGGCUUGACCACUGUCGGAGUUAUCAAUUCCGAACCACAGUCCCCUGGCACGAUCCCCGGAACGGUCACUUUCAGCGUCGACAUCGAACACCUCUCCAACGACACUAUGGACAAAAUGGCCCAGAUCGUCCAGGAAGCGUGUGCUUCAAUUGCACAAAGUCAGGGCUGCACAGUCGACAUCAAGCAGAUCUGGAGGAGUGCUGCUGUCGAGUUCCACAAGGACUGUGUUGACGCUGUGCGGUCGUCGGCCAUUGAGCUCGUAGGCAAGGACGGGUACAGAGAACUCCCAGCUGGGGCGGGCCACGACAGCGUGAAUACUUCGUACACUUGUCCCACCUCAAUGGUGUUUAUUCCGUCAAAGGAUGGUAUCUCGCACCACCCAAGUGAAUAUUCGACUCCUGAACAUUGUGCACUUGGAACACAGGUGCUGUUAAAUGCUGUACUGCGAUACGACCAGCGUCUGAGGGCAAAGUCGAGCUGA